AUGGUUGCUCCACCACAUAGGGUAACAUCAAGUAAUGGAGAAACUAGUAGUAUUAGUAGCCAGAAACAAGCAGCGACGACGCUUAUUUAUGGUGAUGGUCCUAUUAAGGUUACAGCUGUUUCAGAUAAUCCAUCACAGCAAGAUACAAAUGUUCAACAAAGUCCAGUUCAAACAUCAGCUGCAGUAGGUGCCCCAACAAGUCAAAAUCAAGAACAAACUCCAAUAGAAACACCAGCUCAAACAUUAGACGCAGCAGGUGCUCCAAUAAAGCAAACUCCGGAACAGACUCCAAUAGAAACACAAAUCAAUCGAGAUACAAAUGUUCAACAAAGUCCAGUUCAAACUUCAGAAAAGACACUAGUAGAAAGCUCAUCACAAACAAUAGAUACGCCUAUUGAAAGACUACCAAUAGACACUCCAAAUGCAACUCCUCCUCCACAAACAUAUCCACAACGAGAGUCUUCACCAACCCAGCAAGAAUCUCGACUACCCACACGAAAUCCCGAAACUUCUCAAUCUGCAUCUGUAUCCGAAUCAUCACCACAAUCACCACCUACUCGAACAUCACCUCCUUCUAGAUAUACAGAUACACCACAAUCUGAAUCAUCCUCACAAUCAUCCCAACCACCAAUUACUCGAACGUUACCUCCUCCUAGAUAUACAGAUACACCACAAUCUGAACCAUCUUCACAAUCAUCCCAACCACCACCUACUCGAUCAUUACCUCCUCCUAGAUAUACAGAUCAACCACAAUCCGAAUCAUCCUCCCAACCACCACCUACUCGAACAUCACCUCCUCUUAGGUAUACAGAUCCACCACAAUCUGAACCAUCCUUACAAUCAUCCCAACCACCAUCUACUCGAUCAUUACCACCCCCUAGAUAUACGGAUCCACCACAAUCUGAACCAUCCUUACAAUCAUCCCAACCACCAUCUACUCGAUCAUUACCUCCUCCUAGAUAUACGGAUCCACCACAAUCUGAAUCAUCCUUACAAUCAUCACCACCACCACCUACUCGAUUAUUACCUCCUCCUAGAUAUACGCCACAAUCAUCACAACCACCACUUACUCGACCAUUACCUCCUCUUACAGAUACGUCACAACCUGAAUCAUCUUCAAAAUCAUCACAGCCACCAUUACUUCCUCCUACAGAUACGCCACAACCCGAAUCAUCUCAACCACCACUUACUCGACCUUUUCAACAACCUACAAAUAAUCCGGAAUCUCCACCAACUCGACAACAACCAUCAAUAUCCCUGACAACGCCACAAACUACGCCGUCACAAACCCUAAUCCAACCAACACCAUCUUCUUCGAAUUCACAAAUUUCUACAAAUAAUCCUCCAUUCACUGCAGCAAAACCUAUUUCAGAUAAUCAAUCAAUUACUCAAUUAACUGAAACUUUGGAGACAAUAUCAAAAUUUGCGACUUCUCUUAUUCCAAUAAAAGCACCAACAACAGUAUUAACUUCUGUAAUUGCAACGUCAAUCCCAACACUAUUAACUUCUCUAACAACAAAUUCAAAAGGAGAAGUAUCGACUAUUUCAUCGACAAGUUUCAUUCCAACUUUAACAACGGUCGAAUUAUCCUUGACGCUAUCACCACCAGAAGUAGAAGAACCAACAACAAUACCAGUUCCUGACAAACCACCCUCCGCUCUUUACAGUACUGAAUCAGGAUUCAAACAGAUUGUCACAUCGGGCUACGGAAAUUGUGGACAAGUACAAUUUAAUGAUUUCCGAGUCUGGUAUUCUAAAGAUCAGAAUCGUAUUGCAUUUAACGCGACUGGUAAAAGUUUAUUGAGUUUGCAGCAAGGACAAGUACGAUUGUUUGUGUAUUUUGAUCCAUCACAUAAAAUUUUUACUGCGCUUCCUGCAUGUAAGUUCGCUCCUGGAAAUGACGAUUCUUGUCAGAUUGGUGGAAUCGAGUCACCAGAAUUUUUAUUGAAUGGUACUAUCCCGACUGGCUUCGACGAUGCAUUACCAGAAAUAUUAUUUAAUGUACCCGGUACCGGGUCAUACGCGAUGUUAACAAUCGCACCAAAUACAGACCAAAACGACAACAUAGAUACUUCGGAUCCUACGACAUAUCUUGGAUGUGUCUCUGCACCUGUCGGAAACCCGAAAACGUAUUCAUCUGAUGCUGUUGCGGGUCUAACUAUUGGCACAGGAAUCGCUAGACCACAAUACGCCAUAGAAGCAAGUUUUCUUGCUAAACCAGGACAACAAAGUAGCCAAUCCAGUACUCAUAGUGGAAACAAUAAUGAUAAUGAGAGUCAAAUUAGCAGCUAUCAUGAUGGUGGUAAUCACAAUUAUCAUACUGGAAAGGGACAUUACAAUUCGGGAAACAAUUCUCAUUCCGGAUCUAAUAUAAACGGUCAAAAUGAUGAAAAUGUAGGAAAUGCAGAGUACCAUAACGAUAAUAGCAACAAUAAUUAUAAUCAUCCAGGAAAUCAAGAUCCUUUCGCAGAUUCGCAUUCAAUUUAUAAUUCAUCAUCGGGAGGAAAUUACGACACAUCUGGAACCAAUAAUUCUUUUAAUAUGCAUAAUGAUAACAAUUACAAUCAACAAAGACCUAUGAUUUGCAGUCAAGGUCAAUCAAUGUCGAAUCCUUUUGCUGAUCCGACCAGUACAACUGAUAGUUCGUUAAGAGUUGCUCUUAGUAAUGACCCAACUUCGGUUAGCAAUGGAAGUGGUGUAUCAUCUGCAAAUAAUCCGACAGGAUCUCAAUUCGGACAUCUUAGUCAACUUGAUGGACAAAGUGGUACUGAUAGUGUUGAAGGUGGUAGCGCAACCUCUGCAAAUAAUACAGUAAGACCUAAUCUCGGUCAACUUGAUGGAAAUACCAAUACUGCAAUUAAUGUAAAUAGUAAUGGGCCAGGUGGGGUUGGUGGACCAAAUGAAAGUGUUAAUACUGCAUCGAUGAAACCACAUCCAUCGCAAGCAACACCAACACAAACUCCAUCAAUCUACGAUUUCAUAAACUGUGCACAAUUUAUUGUCACCACCGGACUACUUGCACUCCCAAAUCUCCCAAUCGGGUACCGUCAAUUCGCCUCAAAUUUCGGAUGGUCAAGUGGUGCCGGCACCGGUAUAAACAUCCAAGUAUUCUCCAAUGCCGCAAACAAAAUUCGAAGCGAAAUUUGUUCAUUUGCCAGUAACUGCAGUUCAUCACUUUUCGAUUUCAAUGACAAUGGCACGUGUGGCGUCGAACAAGCGUGGGCCCUCAAUUCCGAGUUAUCCCCACCAGAAAAUUUAUUCGCCGCUAAACUCACCGAUGGAAAUAUCACCACUUUUACUAAUCCCGCUGGAAUUUCGUCGUAUGCGAACACGUUGCAUGUGCCCGCGUCUAAUUUGUUUUUUAUUGUUAUGAUUACGUUCUUGAUUGCUGUGGGAGUCGCGAUUGUGUUAUCUAUUUUGGCAGGUGUUGUUGCGAGAUGUCUUAAAAAAUAUUGGAAAAAAUAUUUGCUUUUAAAGAAGGCUGGGGAGAAUUACCAUUUGUUGGCUUUUGGCGGAGUUUUACGUGUGCUUAUUGCGAUGUAUUAUCCGCUUACAUUGUUUUGCAUCUACGAAUUAUCAAUACAUAACGAUUGCUGGCUUCUACUACUCCUAGCAGCACUCAUCCUCAUCAUAUUUUCCCUCGUGGUAAUAAUCUACUGCGGCUACAAAAUAUUUGUCACAAUGGACAAAGACCCGGACGCACUUUGGGAAAACACUACCUACCAAAUAGUCUACGGUGCACUAUACACGCAAUAUCUGGAUGACAGAGUCUGGUUCUUCGUGCCCACAAUGGUCUACAACUUUUUUCGCGCAGUGAUAGUAGGUGGCGGGCAAAACAGCGGCGUAGGACAAUUGACAGGUCUAUCGUUACUCGAAUUCGCAUACAUGUUCGGCAUCUAUUCGUAUAAACCGUUUGAACGGCCAAUGGCAAAUCGACUGACUAUCGGAUUAGGGACUGUAAGAAUUAUUGUGUUGGCGUUAUUGAUUCCGUUUGUUGGCGGCCAUGUGGUUAUUAGUCCAUCUACGCGUAUUUAUUUGGCAAUCGUGUUGAUUGUGUUGCAGUCGCUGACGAUUAUUUUUACAGCUGGGUUGAUAUUGGUGAAUGUUGGUGGUGCUGUGUGGAAAUUGGUUUCUAAUAAAUUUUUCAAGAAAGAAGAUGGCGAUAAUGGUGAAAAACUAAAUGGUAUUAGAAACGAGUAUCGAAAUGACACGGUUGAUAUGGAGAAAGCAACGAGUAGUAUGUCGGGCAAUAAUAGUAGCAAUAUAAGAGCACGAAGACCAACAACGGAACGGUACCGGACGAGUAUAUGA